CUAAUGCCGGUUUGCUGCAUUAAUUAAAUGAUAACAUGCCGGGACUGUGAUAUUUCGGACUCAAACACCACCCUCAUGUUGUAUCAUUCUCCAUCCCUAUCCUUCUUCUUCAUCUUCACUUUGGUGUUUUCUGGACUUUCUUAUUCCCACUCUAAACCUCAGUUGCCAUGCCAGCCGCCGCUCCACGAUUCCUACGAUUUCUGCAACACUUUGCUCCCCGAUGCCACCAGAGUCCAUUCCCUCGUCUCACUCCUCACCCUAGAUGAGAAAAUCCAGCGCCUCUCCAACAACAACUCCGCCAUCCCUCGCCUUGGGAUCCCCGCCUACGAGUGGUGGUCCGAGUCUCUCCACGGCGUCGCCACCAAUGGCCCCGGGGUAUCCUUCCUAGGCCCCGUCAAAUCUGCUACCGUAUUUCCACAGGUCAUCCUCACAGCUUCUAGCUUCAACCGCACCCUGUGGCGCUCCAUCGCCGCCGCCACAGCCGUUGAGGCCCGGGCUAUGUACAAUUCGGGUCAAGCGGGGCUGACUUUCUGGGCUCCCAAUGUGAACGUCUUCGUGGACCCGAGAUGGGGCAGAGGACAAGAGACGCCCGGAGAAGAUCCGAUGGUGGUUUCUGAUUAUGCAGUGGAAUAUGUUAUUGGGUUACAAGGCCAGAGCUCCAUGGUUAAAAAUGGUGAUAGGCAUUUGCUUGGUGGGAAUAGGAUGCCUCAGGAAGAAGUAGAUGAGGGUGAUGGCAGAUUGAUGUUGUCAGCAUGCUGUAAGCAUUUAACGGCUUAUGAUUUGGAGAAAUGGCACGGUUUCACUAGAUAUAACUUCAAUGCUGUGGUGACCAAGCAAGAUAUAGAGGACACGUAUCAGCUGCCUUUUAAGAGUUGUGUUCAGAUUGGUAGAGCAAGUUGUUUGAUGUGUGCAUAUAAUUCUGUCAAUGGGAUACCAGCUUGUGCAAACAAGGAUCUCUUAGAGAAGGCUCGAACUGACUGGGGGCUCAAAGGAUACAUUGCAUCUGAUUGUGAUGCUGUUGCUACUAUAUAUGAAUAUCAGCAUUACUCAAAAACUCCUGAAGAAGCAGUUGCAGUUUCUCUUAAAGCAGGAACCGAUAUAAAUUGUGGAACAUACAUGUUGCGGCAUAUGGAAUCUGCACUCAGGGAUGGUAUUGUGCUAGAAAGCGAUCUAGAUAGAGCCAUUUCAAAUUUGUUUUCAGUUCAAUUUCGGCUGGGGCUUUUUGAUGGAGUUGCGGUAAAUAGGCAGUUUUCUAUGUUUGGUCCUCAAGACGUAUGCAGUUCUGAACACAGAAGGUUGGCACUUGACGCAGCAAGGCAAGGCAUUGUGCUUCUUAAAAAUGAGAAGAGGUUUUUGCCUUUGAAUAAGACUCGUGUCUCUUCACUUGCUAUUAUUGGUCCCAUGGCCAACACAAGCAGCCUUGGUGGUGAUUACACAGGAGUACCAUGCACCCUGAAAAGCAUUCUUGAUGGGUGUGGAGAGUACAUACAGAAAAUAUCUUAUGCUACUGGUUGCUUUGACAUUGCUUGCAAAUCCAUUGAUGGUUUUGCUGAAGCAGUUUCAAUUGCUAGGAAAGCUGAUUAUGUCAUUGUUGUAGCUGGACUGGAUCUAUCUCAAGAAACUGAAGAUUGUGACCGCUAUAGUCUUCUACUGCCAGGCAAUCAAAUGACACUAGUUAACAAGGUUGCUGCUGCCAGUAAAAAGCCUCUAGUUUUGGUCCUUACAAGUGGCGGACCCCUUGACAUCACAUUCGCCAAGGAAGACCCAAGAGUUGCCAGUGUUCUUUGGAUUGGGUACCCUGGAGAAGAAGGUAGUAACGCGCUGUCAGAUAUCAUUUUCGGAGACUACAAUCCUGCUGGGAGACUGCCUAUCACUUGGUAUCCAGAAUCAUUCACAAAUGUGGCAAUGAACGACAUGAACCUGAGGGCUGAUCCUUCACGUAGCUAUCCAGGAAGAACAUAUCGGUUUUACACUGGACACACAGUUUACGAAUUCGGACAUGGACUAAGCUAUACAAAUUUUACUCUUGAGUUCUUAUCAGCACCCAGCAGAUUAAGCUUAUUAUCAAGAUCUAGCAAGAUGGAAUCGAGAAGGAGCGUUCUGAACCGCGGGGGCAAUAAACCACUGCACUAUGUCCUUGUGGAUGAUGUGUCAAAUUGUGAAAUGCUGGGAUUCUCAGUGCAGAUUACAUUGACAAAUGAUGGAGGCUUGGACGGAAGCAUAGUUGUGAUGUUAUUUUCUCGAGUGCCGGGGUCAUAUGAAAGAGGUCCACAGAAACAAUUGAUUGGGUUUGAUCGAGUCCAUGUUUCUGCCAAAGAAACUGUUGAAACAAGCAUUUUUAUAAAUGCGUGCGAGCAUCUCAGCAUUGUGAAUGAGGAGGGAAACCGAAUAUUGCCCCUGGGUGAUCAUACUCUGAUUUUAGAAAGGAUAGAGCAUGUUAUUUUCAUUGAAAUAUAAAAUGAAGAAAUGUAUGUGAAUCGUUCAUGAUAUCAUAGAUCGAUUCAGGUUAGCCGACUCCAAAUUCUUUUGGGAUUAAAUGCUUGGAUGAUGUUGUUGUUGUUGUUGUAGUAGUAGUAGUUGAAACAUCAUGCUCAGGUAUGGCCGUAUGACUUCUAUCUGUGCUGGUCUAGAGAUUUCAAUCGCGUGUUGCGUGGAAUGUGUAGUAAAUAUGGAUUAAUAAUGUAAGAAAUGCAAUACUUCAA